CACUGCCGCUUACCGAGACGGGGAACGAGUGCUGGGAAUGGGGCCUCACGACUCUGCCGGCCCUGUGCAGCUGCGUUUUUCGCCUUAUGCCUUCAACGGAGGUACUGUAUUGGCAAUUGCUGGAGAGGAUUUUUCCAUCGUCGCUUCAGACACUCGAUUGAGUGAAGGAUUUUCAAUUCAUACCCGAGAUAGCCCCAAAUGCUACAAACUAACAGACAAAACAGUAAUUGGCUGCAGUGGUUUUCAUGGAGAUUGUCUCACUUUGACAAAGAUUAUUGAAGCAAGAUUAAAGAUGUACAAGCAUUCCAAUAACAAGGCCAUGACAACGGGGGCGAUUGCUGCAAUGCUGUCUACCAUCCUGUACUCACGGCGCUUCUUCCCUUACUAUGUUUACAACAUCAUUGGAGGACUUGAUGAAGAAGGACAUAAGACAAGAGGAUUUGGAAACAGGCUGUGUUUGGGUAGUGACCUCAAGAAACACUGUAGUAAGCAAGAGGGAGGAGAAGCAUUAAUGAAGGAUGAGUUAGUCAAAGAUGAUGGGGAUAGCUGUGACAUCAUACUGAUGUGGAGAGACCAAGUAGAAGAAGAUCCUCCAUAG